AUGGCAACGACGACGGGGGAUGGAACUGCUCUGGCCCAGGCACGAGAGGAAAACGCCCGCCUUCGAAAAGAGUUGGAGACACUCCUUCAUGCUCAAGACGUGGCCAAGGAUCGUGCUCGCAUUGCAAUAGAGAACUUGGUGUCAGAGAACAAAAAGCUCGUCACCGAAAUCUACUCUAUAGAGACGAAAUCAGCAGAGAUGAGGCGAGAGCGAGUAGAGCUGCUCAACCAGCUGCGCAAGUAG